AUGGCUCGUCCCCAUGUGUCGAAACGUCCAAGUCGACAAGAGAAGACAGCUGCAUCUGAGCAGGAGCAAACAUGUGAGAGUAACGAGGCAGAUAGGAGUGAAAAGAAAGCUGGAACGAUGCGGUCUCUCCUCGUGCGUUGUGGCGUAGGUAUCGUCGUUGUGCUUCUAGGGGUGCUGCUGAGACCGACGCAGCCGCAAGAUUUAGCCCCGACGGUCGUUCGUGACGCAAACUCUGGAGAGCAAACGAGAGCGAAAUCUCUUUCCACGGUCGAGUUCCUGGCCAAGUACCCGCACGAUGCCCUGGCGUUCACUCAAGGUUUUACGGUUGUCAAUCGAGACGCUGAGAAGCUCUUUAUCGAGUCGACGGGACUCUAUGGCGAGUCGAGUUUGCGUCAUGUUGACAUUGAGAGCGGGAGAGUGCUGAAGCAGUAUGAUUUGCCGAACGAGCUCUUUGGAGAGGGCGUGACGAUCGGUCCAAAUGAUGAGUUGAUUUUGCUCACGUGGAAGAGCAAGUCUGGUUUUGUGUUUGACCUGGACGAGAUUGUAGAUACAAAGAGGGGCAGUGCUGCGUUGAAGAGCGAGUUCUCUUUCGAUACUACUACUGGCGAGGGCUGGGGCAUCACUUUUGACGGCAAAGAUCUCGUUGUCUCGGACGGGUCGUCCAUCGUGAUGUUCUGGAACCCGUCAACGAAGGAAGAAGUACGGCGCAUUGAGGUCACGAUCGACAAUGGCAAACAGAAGGUUUCUCGUGUCAAUGAGCUGGAGGCCGCUAAGGGGUUUAUAUACGCAAAUGUCUGGUACCAGCCGUACAUCCUAAAGAUCGACCCAGAUACCGGCGCGGUCGUCACCAUGUUCGACUUGUCGGAACUCGUUCAAGACGCCGGAGCCGACGUGGCAUUCGGAGAGGUUCUCAACGGCAUAGCCUACGACGACGCAGAAGACGUUUUCUACAUCACGGGCAAGCUCUGGAACUCCGUGUACAAGGUCCGUCUUGUCGACCCGGUGCAGUAA